AUGACGGCCUACUUCAACGUCCAGGAGCACCGCAUCCCGACGACUCACAUUCGCGAGUAUCCACGGGCUCUGGCUGAUGAUCAGGAUGAUGUUCUCCAACUAGCUGUCAAGCAGUACACGCCGAAAGAGAGUAAAGGUAUCUCGCAGCAAGCUGUGACUUGCAUAGGAGCGCAUGCCAACGGCUUCCCUAAAGAGUUGUACGAGCCAUUGUGGGAUGAGCUAUACUCGCGGCUCAGAGAGACGAACAUAUACAUCAGCAGUAUAUGGAUCGCUGAUGUAGCACACCAGGGUACUUCUGGUGUGCUGAACGAAGAGAAACUGGGCAAUGACCCAUCAUGGGCCGAUCAUCCCAGAGAUCUGUUCUUGAUGAUCAACCAUUUUCGCAAGCACAUGCAGCGACCAUUGAUCGGCAUCGGGCACUCGAUGGGUGGUUGCAACCUGGUCAACUUGUCUCUGAUGCACCCUCGCCUUUUCACUACCCUCAUCCUGAUAGAUCCGGUCAUUCAGCGCUUGCCGUCUGCGGAGGGCAACCUGGGUCCCGCCAGUGCCUCAAUACGAAGACGAGAGGUUUGGCCGAGCCGAGCAGCCGCAGCUGAGAAGCUGAGAUCAUCGCCCUUCUACCAGAAAUGGGACUCGAGAGUGCUGGAUAGAUGGAUCCAGUACGGACUUCGGGAUACGCCGACUUAUAUACAUCCUAACGCAGCAUCUUCCCGGACAGCAACACCGAUCAUCAGCGCGGAUCCGAUUGCAUCCACGAUUGAAAGCGACAGGGAGGUCACGCUCACGACAACGAAGCACCAAGAAGUGAUGACCUUUCUACGGCCAAACCUCCCAACGAAGGACUACCCACACCCUGAGAAGGACCCCAAUCCCCUCACCCACCCGGACAUUGACCCCUCAGCAUCACCCAACUCACCAUUCUACAAUCCGGUACCCAUCGCCACAUUCCACAAACUCCCCUUCGUCAGACCAAGCGUCUUCUACAUUUUCGGCGAUCCAGCAGCGGGUGCCUUCUUGUCAGCUCCCGUUAUGAAAGCGGACAAGCUCGCGCACACCGGCACAGGUGUCGGAGGCUCGGGCGGGGUGAAGAAACUUCGAGUCAGUUCGGUCACGUUUGAUGGAGUGGGCCAUUUGAUCCCCAUGGAGAUUGUUGGGAGGACGGCGGAUGCGUGUACGAAUUGGCUUGUACCUGAGCUGCAGCGGUGGCGGAAUAACGAGGAGAGGGCGAGGAAGGAGUGGGCUGCUGUGCCGAAGAGGCAGAAGGCUAUGUUGAGUGAGGAGUAUGUUAAAGCGAUGACUGGUGACCUAAAAGGGAAGGCGGGAGGAAGGUCAAGGCUGUGA